AUGUGGUUCUCCUUGCAUUUCGCCGUUAUUCUUCUUCUCACCUCAUAUUCAUUGUCAUUUCCGAUAGCAGAUCUUCGAAAGCGAGAUCUGCCUGAUUUUGUUCGUCGUUACGGUACCGAACCCCCCAGCGCCUCUCAGGCACCCGUUGUGUUUCUAUCAACAUCUGAACAAUACUUCCCCUCGGACAUAGCGACGCAUCUCGCGAGCAGCCGCCCAUUAGAUGCAUCUGGAGCUCCCGUCGCGGCGCCAUCACUGCUGUCUCCUGGUAACCUGGACAGUCUAAAUGCAUUCGCGAAUGACGGCACAGAGGUCUACGUAACCUCUAAUGAAGGGAUUCGAGCGCUACCUACCUGGUUUCAAGGCACGCGACCCGCCGCGGACGGCUCCAUAGGGAACGCACGGGCGAGCGUUAUCGUCACGGUCAACAAGCCAAAUAAUGUUGUUGACGCAUUCUACUUCUACUUCUACAGCUACAACCAGGGGAACUGGGUCUUGGAAAACCCCGGGCUCGAAUUCGGCGAUCACGUAGGCGACUGGGAGCACACGAUGGUGCGGUUCUCGAAUGGCAGUCCUCAGAGCGUCUACUACAGCCAGCACGCUUCAGGCCAGGCAUUCGAGUACGCAGCGGUCGAGAAAUUCAACGGCGUGCGGCCUGUCGUCUACUCGGCGAAAGGAUCGCAUGCAAACUACGCGAUCCCCGGUCCACACGACCACACCAUCCCAAACUUCAACACUGUGUUUGGCCCUCUCCUCGACCACACCGACCGUGGCGUCUUCUGGGACCCGGCACUGAGCAAUCCGUACACAUACUCAUACGACACCAACUCCAAGACCUUCUCCUCGUAUAACGGCGCUGACCCCGUUGCAUUCAUCAACUUUGCUGGGAAAUGGGGCGACAAGCAGUUGCCUGACAAAGCCUCCGGCCAGAUCAACCUGUUUGGCCAGCGGAAAUAUACCAGCGGCCCCACCGGGCCCAGGGAUAAACGGCUCGAUCGGUCUGCUGUUUGUCCUGACAGUAAGAACUGCUGGGUCCGUCCGAUUCUGACACCGCGGGAUGAAUAA